AUGGAAGAUCCUAGGCCUGGUCGAGUUAGAUCUCAAAGAAAAGUUGAUGGCCAACUAAAGACUGAUUUCCAUUAUUUUCGUUGGGAUAUUUUUCUUGAGGUUGUUGAUCAUAUCACACAAGAAAUGGAUAAUCAUUUUACGGAGACAAGUUCAGAACUUCUCUUAGGCAUUCCAUGUCUUGAUCCUAGAGAUUCAUUUGCAAAUUUUGAUGAUGAUAAACUACUUCGUCUUGCUAAGUUAUAUCCAUAUGAUUUUGAUGAUUUUGACGAUGAGGUUAUGCUAGCUGCAGAACUGAAACAAUAUAUCUCUAUUGUUAAAAAGUUGAGUUUGUAUUUUUUUCUGAUCUUGAGAGUAUUGAAGAUGUUUCUAAAAGGGUGA